UCUCACUGAGUUGAAAUAGUAUCACUCUCACCCUCCCUUUAAGGUCCUAACAUAUCUUAACGUUGCAUGCAAUGCUUUAGGAGAUAUCAAUAAUGUCUUGGUCUACUGGUUAAGAGCUUAACACUUAUGACCUGUGUACGAUAGAUCAUAUAUGUUUGAACUUUGAAUACCCCUUCCCAUUUGUAGUUUGUAUUGUUCUUGUGACUCAUUGGUAUCUUAGAACAUAAUGCCUUUAGAGAUCAGAGAACAUACUUCGAAUAAAUUAGCUAGAAAGGCCUAUGCAUUUAGAUCGAGAUCCAUGAAAAUAAAAUAGGGUAGUUUUUUUUUGAACAACUCAAUCGGAAGGACGAUGAUAUUUAUGACACAUACGCGUGCCAUGUCACUAUUGUGACACGGCUUAAAGGUCGCAUGUUGCGACCUUUAUCAUUUCCGCAAUCGAAAAUAACUGUUUUAAUGGAUUGUCCACUGUUAUAGGAGAUUUAAUACUUUUCAAACUUGUACAUUUUUCACACACCAAAAGUCCAAAACCCAUUUUCACACACCCUCUCUUUUCUUUAUAAUCAUAUGAACAUUUAUGGUAUAAUAUCACCUUUUCUCAAAUCUUUUGUUCAUAAAACGUGGAAAUACAUCUAAUUCAUUCAAAUUAUAGUACCACGUAAUCAAAUUGCUUAACUUUUUAAAAUCACACAACCCAUAUGUGAUUAUUAAAUUCGAAUAUAGUAAAGACCUUAUUCAAUUUGCUUUGUGUUUUAUCGAUGUCAACUAGCUUAAUUGGUUAAAAUCUAAGGUGACAGUACAUACCCAAGACCAUAGACCCUCUCUUGAUCUACACACACAAACACGUGUUUUGUCUCCUAAUCACCAAGGAUCAGUUCAAUCCCCUACAUUUAAUACCACAUACUAACAUAGUAAGUAAGUAACAUACAUGAAAAAAAAAACCAUUAUAUAUAUCCGCCUUGCACCAUUGCACCCGGUACGUGACCCAGUCCACUUGCACGUCUAUUAAGGAGAGGUAAAAAAAAGAAAAAAAAAAAGAAUCCAAGAGAGAGAGAAAAUGGAGGCACCAUUGCUGAUCAACGGCGGCAGCAUUGAGAGGUUGAAGGCGGAAAAUGGAGACUACGCGGCGGUGAAGAGCGUAAGCGAGGCGGUGUCGGUGUUUAAGGAGGAGUCGGGAAUGCUAUGGAAGAUAGCAGCUUCGUUAGUUUUUAACAUAAUUUGUACGUACGCCACUGGUUCUCUUACCAAUAUUUUUGCAGGGCAUCUUGGGGAGCUUGAGCUUUCUGCUGUUUCCAUUUCCAUGUCCGUUAUCAACACCUUCUCCUUCGGAUUCCUGCUUGGUAUGGGGAGCGCACUUGAGACAUUAUGUGGACAAGCUUUCGGUGCAGGACAAGUUCAUAUGCUUGGAAUUUACCUGCAACGCUCUUGGAUUAUCCUAUUACUCAGCUGUGUUGUACUGAUGCCAACUUACAUCUUUGCUGCACCAUUGUUAAGGCUUCUAGGACAGGAUCCUGAUGUAGCCGACCUUGCUGGACAGUUCACCUUCCUUACACUACCCUCCGUGUUCUCGUUGGCUAUCAAUUUUCCUACUCAAAAGUUCUUACAAGCACAAAGCAAGGUUGAUGUAAUGGCUUGGAUCGGAUUUGUUGUUUUGAUCGAACAUGCUGUACUUCUAUGGCUUUUUAUUUCUGUAUUGGGAUGGGGUUUGGAAGGAGCUGCAGCAGCUUACAACAUCACAAGAUGGGCGACUGCAAUUGCCCAAGUUGUAUAUGUAUUUGGUUGGUGUAAGGAUGCUUGGAAAGGUUUCUCAUGGGCUGCUUUUAAGGACAUAUGGGCCUUUGUUAGGCUUUCAGUUGCUUCGGCUGUCAUGCUUUGCCUUGAAAUCUGGUACAUGAUGACCAUAAUGCUUCUUGCUGGUCAUCUUCCAAAUGCUGUCAUUACUAUUGGCUCCCUUUCUAUCUGCAUGAAUAUAAAUGGACUACAAUUUAUGAUAUUCAUUGGAAUAAACGCUGCUGUAAGUGUACGUGUAUCAAAUGAGCUCGGGUUGCAGCAUCCAAGGGCAACCAAAUAUAGUGUGUACGUUGCAGUCUUCCAGUCUCUAGUCAUCGGGCUUAUUUGCAUGGUCUUUGUCCUGGUUGCUAGAGAUUAUUUUGCUGUAAUUUACACUGACAGCAAGGAAUUGCAACAAGCAGUUUCCAAAUUAGCCUGGCUUCUUGGUGUGACAAUGGUUCUUAAUAGUGUUCAGCCUGUCAUUUCAGGAGUCGCCGUUGGAGGGGGGUGGCAAGCUACUGUGGCAAACAUAAAUUUAGUGUGCUACUAUGUUUUCGGGUUACCUCUUGGAUACAUUCUCGGCUAUGUUGCAGAUUUUGGAGUAAUGGGCCUUUGGGGUGGUAUGAUAGCAGGAACCGUCUUGCAGACACUCAUUCUACUCUUCAUCCUUUACAAAACGAAUUGGAAUAAAGAGGUGGAGGAAACAAGCAACAGAAUGCAGAAGUGGGGUGGACAAGAUAUCAACGUAGAUAAGAAUGGUGCUAAAAUAUGAGGGAAUUUACUGAAAGUGAUGUUGUAUUUCUGCUCUUGCAUCACUUGAGCUUCAGUUAAUAAUAGAUAGUUUAGAUUUUUUUAAUGGAACUUAUGACAGUGAAAAACUAUGUUUUUACCUUCCAAACAUUACUGAACUGUUGGACGGUACAGGGAAUUGCCACAGGCAUUGCUUCUCUGAAAAACUCACCAAGAUCAUUGCCUUUCUUCUUUUUGC